AUGGACGAUAAAACUCGAGGAGAGAAUUGGAUUAAGCAGCAGCUCACAGGUAUACUUUCAACAAUUUCAAAUCUCCCGGCACAAUCAGCUUUCGAGCAGCGCUUUGGCAUUACUUUAGUGGUACUGUAGCAUUACUGUAGUAGUCAUGUAGCAUUAUUUUAGUAGUAGCAGUACUGUAGCAUUAUUUAGUAGUCAUGUAGCAUAACUGUAGUAGUACUGUAGCAUUACUGUAGUAGUACUGACCUUGAAUCGGCUACAUAGCUUCCUAGUUGAUUCACUGCUAGCUUGGAGCACAGAGGGGAACAGGCGCUGUCUCUUUUCUUAUCGUGUCAGGACCCUUUGUCAAUGGAUCCAGCCAGCCGUGUAUCAACAAUAUACUUGUCAUACCUUGUGGAUGAGUGAAUAUUUUAUCAACAACCUGAGCCAAUUUUCCAUCCAUCUUUUCUUAAGACACUUUUUGAUGCAUUUUAGGUAGUUUUUUUCUCAAGUGAUCACUCUUCUCUUAUGGUAUAACUAUAUCAGAAAACGCAAAAAACCGCUGAUAGAAAUUGAUUGAUCGAGUUAUAGAAUCCGAACAAGGAAAAGUACGCGACUCGCCACGCUGGAACGCCUUUGGCCGGGGAAUCCAGAAAACAAGUGCGUUUCAAAUCUCGUUCAAUAAUCCAACCCUGGUGUUCUCGGCGAAAUUUAGUGGAUAGUUCCAAAAACCAAACAGUUUUCCUUGAGAGGACGUGUGUUAAAUGACCUCUUGUGAAGACUUCCUUCGAAAAUUUCAAGUAAUAUCUCUUUUGGUCGCAAAUUUUUUUUCCUCAAUGAGGCUUUCGAAAGCGCACGGACUGUGCAAGAAGUCGUUUCCAGCGUAUUUCGAAUCGUGCAAGACUAGAGAGCAAGAUUUUGAAAAAGCAACUAAAAAGAGGAAAGUUAGAGUUUACACUUUUAAAGACCUACCGAACGAGGUCCUCGGAUAAAAAACCAGUAUUAGGAAAUUCAAGACUUGAAAAUUUGUAUUCGAAACUCGAACUUUGGCUCUACUCCGCUUUUGUUUUCUCUCAAUGAAAAUUUUAAGAGAACGCGCUUUACUGGUUUUUCGGGGGAGAAAUGCGUCUGAGAAGCGGGGCGGAAAGUCACACGACCACCAUGCAAGAGCAGACGGGCUCCGAACAACUCAAUGGCAGCAACGAAGUCAAGAAGCCUGGUAGCUUUUUUCGACUCAAUUGAGAAGUCUUUUCAAACUAAUAAUGGUAAAUCGAGUGGCCGGGCACAGGAGAACUAAGAACAAGGAAAACGCAUAAAUAUAUAUGUGAAGCUUUGUCGUUUCAAUUGAUCGAAGAAAGUCGAGUUUUGAAUGAAUAUAGUAUGAACCCAACAGAAAGUGCCAAUUUAUUGAUGAAAUCAAGUGGAAUUUUUUAUGAGAAACAUUCUCAAAAAUGCUUUUCAAUGGAAUUUGCAGGGCCAGUUGGUUACGAGGACGUCGGUUUCGACGCGGGCCAGACUGAGAAAGACGGAAUAAAGGACGGGCAGAAGACCAGUCUUAUUGACAAACUGAUGUCGGACGGCGGAAACACAAAAAAAUCGAUUAUGAUGGACCAAGAACAGACACAGGUGGCCGAAGACUUUGCUGGUAGACUCGAGAGCCGAGCCCGUGAGUUAUUCUUUUUCUCUUGUGCCUCAGUGUUAAAUAGAACGUUUGAUUUCGUCGAGUUUUUUUUUCCCUCUAAAAAAAACUUUCAUCAAAAGUCAUUUGAAAAUCCUCUCCGAGAGAAUUCAAUCCAUUUCAAUCAAAAAUCGACAUUUUUCUAUUAAUUGUUCUUUUUUGUAAAUUUGAAGCGUUCUUCCUCUUUUUUUUUCAUUUUUGAAAGAAAAAGCUCUAGUAAAGAGAUUUCUGCCUCAAAGGCUUAACACGCAUUCUCCAAGAAAAUCGAACAAAUGCGAAAAAGUUUGGUACAAAAAUUUCAUCUUUGUUCCUGAGAGCUCUCCUUACUAUCAUAGAUAGUGAACAACCUCUUGAAUAUUUAGAACCAGGUUUUAUUAGGCUCCGCCCACUUUCAGGUUUACUGUAGAAAAAACACCGUAAAACAAACUUUUUUCCUAGUGGAGCAAAUUGGUCCAAACUAAUUUUUAAAACAAAAUAUGUUCUCUUUUGACCAUUUAUAGUUAUAGAACUGACCCGGAAAAAAAUUUUUUUCUUUCAGAAGAAAAAAAUUCAAGUUUUUUUGAAAAAGGACGAUUUUUCGCAGUCUUUGAGUCAUAACUAGUACUAGAACCCCCGUUCUAGUAUUAUUUUUGGACCAAUUUGCUCCACUAGGAAAAAAAGUUUGGUUUUUUUCGGUGUUUUUUUCUACAGUAAGCCUGAAAGUGGGCGGAGCCUAAUAAAACCUGGUUCUAAAUAUUCAAGAGGUUGUUCACUAUCUAUGAUAGUAAGGAGAGCUCUCAAGAACAAAGAUGAAAUUUUUGUACCAACGGUUAAUCGAAAUUCUCGGAGAACGUGUGUUAAAGGUAGUAAAAAACGGGAUUCGAGGUGAAAACAGUACCUUGUAGAGCUUUUAAUUCCAAACCGAACAUUGUAAUUGAAAAAUCACAGAUACAAGUUCUGAUGAAGGCCUCCCUCCUUAAGGAGGAUUCGAAAAUGCUAUGUGGGUGGCUCGCUCUCUAAUUGGUUUAUUGCGCCUUCAGGGGGCGGAGCUUGAGCGAGGACUUUGAAUAUGAACAGACUAUAGCCGGAUAUAUGCUUCUAAUCAUAUUUUUUGUCUGGAAAGAAAUUUAGCCGAACAAAAAAACACCGGUGGUACAGAAAACGCGAAAUAUCGACUUUCCAAUUGAAAUAUACAAACAUCGUUUUUAAUUCGAAAAGCAUUUUGCGGAUUUGAAUUUUUCAUAACGGAAAAAACUUUCGUGACAGCGCCGAAGAGAGAUUACACGUUUAUCAAACCCCAUCUUUUCAUCUCGGCCUUCAUAUUUUUUUGAAAAAGCAGUUCAGACUGAAAAUCCAUGAAAUUAAUGAAAAUCACACACAAAAAAUUCGAAAGAUUCUUCUUUUUCAUUAUGAAUAUUUUCAAUUGCAGGAGCAGACAUCCACCAAUUUAUAGUGCCUCAACGGUUGGAAAUGGUGCAGAAUACUCCGAAAGACCCUGAAGAAUUUCUGAAAAGUUUUCGUUAUUUUCAUGGGUAAGAAGUUUCCGAUCGAAUAUCUCAUUGAAAUUGAUUCUUUCCAGAUUUUUGCCAGAGUUCGAGACUAGGAGGUUCCUUCGGAGAGCCGGAGACUUUCUCGUGCGGAAAACGGAGGGUUCGAGAGGAAAGACGAGCCAACCAUCUAUUAUGAAUUUUCAGAAGAAGGCGAAUUCUUCACGUUGGUUUCCGUCGGCGUUAUGCUGGAUCAUAAACGUGAUAUGUCCGAUAGUAAUUUUUUUUUCAAUCAUUAAUAAUCUUAAUUUCAUCCGAUUCAACUGAGUAGAAUUAUUUAAUUUUUUUGAACGAAAAAAAGAGCAGAAUAGUUUCAAGCUCGAACGUUUUUCGACCGCAUUUCUAUCACAACGAAUCUUGAAACAUUUGAAUGUUUAUAAUAUGUAUCGAAAUUAUAAUUAUUUCUUAUAAAUCUUCAUCUCAUCCAACAUUACAGCCCUCGACAAAAACUACGGCUGCGACGAGCCCAUCAGAAUAGAAAGCCAUGUGGUGCGGUACGGAAAAAAAGUCUCAAUCGAACAUGCGCACGGAUUUGAGAGCCUGGAAGACCUCUUAGGGUUUUAUAUCCUAAACCCUAAAAAGGUAAUGCAAAUGAUAAAUGAGUGGGAAAGUGAUUCAAAAGGAAACUGAAUUAGGGGAAAAAUUGUUUUCUGAUAACGUCUACAUAUGAAAUCUGAAAUAGAAGAAAACGAUUUCGAAACCAAGAAAACAAAUGAUGGAAUUUUCAUAUUUCUCAAACUUUGUCGGGUAAUGAGAUGACGGUUCAUAGUAGAAUGAAAUGAUCUAUAAGACUGCCGAAAUGAGAAAAAUUUCAUCUCUCGGGCUGCUAUAAAUUACAAAAGGAAGUAAGGCUGGAAUUAGAAUCGCAGAAGACAAAGUUGGACUCGAAAAUCAUCUCACUUCAGCUGUCGCUCAACAUCCAACUCAAGCGUGGUUGCCCAACGCGAAUGUUCCAAUUCAGAGAACGCCAUAUCUCACGCCUCAAAACGGUCAGUAAUGAGAAGUCAAAAAUUAAUCCUUCGUCAGAAGUAUAAAGAAAACAAACAAUAAUCAACUAUGAAUAGCAGUGGAUUUUUCCCAGACCGAUAGAAUUGAUAUUAUCGUUUUUUUUUUUUGAAUAAAGGUGAAAGUUUUAGCCUUCAUUUUUUUCAAAUCAAGACAUCCUUACAAAACUUACCAGAGUCACUAACAAGUGAGAUUAUUUUACGUUGCGGGUUGGAAUUUUUUACAAAUUUGUUCAAACACUAUGAAUGUUUAGAUGACGAUUCCUCAUAUUGCGCGAACUUCUAGUUAUUGAGAUCUGAUCCUUAAAGCUUGCGAAAUAUAAGUUUCAAGGCUAACUUCACAAAAUUCAAGAAUGGUUAUCUCACAAAGCUGGCUCGAGUUGCGACUCUGACGGAUCUUCAUAAAAACCUUGACAGAUUGUUUGAACAAAUUCGUAGGAAAUUCCAAAUUGCAGAGUAGAAUGAUCUCCUUGGGAGGUCUAACUCUGUGUUAAACGCGAACUUCUAAAAUUCAUAUCGCAAAUACUAGAAGUUUGCGCCGGUAGCGACUAUGAGGGUAUCUUCAUCAAGAUUUUCAGAGUGUUUGAGCGAAUUUGUAGAAAAAUCGAAAAGUAAAAUGACUUCCCGUGUGAGAGUAGAAAAGAGCGUCACAAAACGCGGCUUGGAAUUGAAAAACGCGGCUUGAAACAAAGCGGAAUGUCGUUCGGAACGCUUUUUUUGCCAUGAUUUAAACCCAAAAUGAAAGAUUGUGUUGAAAUAAUAGAAUAGUCUAUUCAGCUUGGCAGCGGAAAUUUCGGAGAGGUGUUUUUAGCCAAUGUGCAGUCGUUCGGGAUUAUAGACAAAAGGGUCGCCGUGAAGAGUGUGAGUUCAAUUGAAAAAGUGUCAUCCAAGAAACAGCUUUUCUCUUGCAGCUGAAGAAGGACUCUCCCAACUUGAGCGAGAGAAGUGAGAGCUUCGUGGAGGAAGCGCGCCUGAUGUUGACACUCAACCACCCACACGUCGUAGAAACUUUCGGCUGGAUGUUGGAUGUGCAGCCGUUCAUGAUCGUAAUGGAGUACAUGGAAGGUGAGAGAUUCCAAUGAAAAAGCCUUCUAUGAUCCGGCUAUCACAGAACAGAAAUUAGAAAAAAGCAGCUAAUUUUUAAGCCUCAACUGUUCAUUUUCCACAAGCUUUUUCUCGGUACUUCAUCAAUUUUACCAGAUAAUCUUCCUUGUUUCCAAGCUGAACUAGGUCUAUAAAACACCGAAGUUUGAACUAGACCCGGAAUACGAGUUCGCGUUGUUCCCUAGUAAGGAAACUAGGAAUUUUUUUCUACUUUGAAUGUUAUGACUUUUUCCAACUUCCAAAAAAAGAAAAAUCAAUCUUUCAAGCAAAAUUUUUAAAAAAACAUGAAAUUAAAUUAUCAAUUUUUAAGUAGGUGGACCGGAAAUUUUUUUCAUUAUUUUUCAUUCGUUUCGAUCAACUCGCGAAAUGAACUCACUUCGUAAUUUAGAAUUUUUUGAAGAUUAACCAGAAAAAUAUUCGAUUACUGAUUUUUUGGAGGAAAUGAAAUCGGCGUGAUAAGAUUGAAUUAGCUUUUUUUAUAUCCGAAUUAAUCCUGCGCAUUUUGCAGGAGGAUCUCUGGAGACCUAUCUCUUGAAGAGUUCUGAGGAGCCGAACGUCGCACUUCUGCUGAAAUAUGGCCUCGAGGCAGCCGAGGGACUCGCAUAUCUUCACCAGAUCAACAUCAUCCACAGGGAUGUGGCCGCACGUAACUGCCUUCUGACCGCCGACCACAAAGUAUGAGCUAUAUUAUCAACAGUAUAGUCAUUCCUCCUUAGUUGAAAGGCGGAGAUGUGGGCGGGAGAUGUCAUGCAAAAUGAUCUCUGACUCUCCAACAUUUAGUGAUCUUUUCCUUUCUCUAACGGGUAUUUUGAAUUUCGCGGAAUCAAAUUGAACACGGCAUGAACUCGUGCCAAGAACCGCGUACGCACACGCUACGCAUCUCGCCCACUUCUCCGCCUCCCUCGCCUUUCAAGCCGAGAAAAAUGUAUUGAACAAGAUUUUUAAAGCUCAAAUUGGGCGAUUUCGGCCUCGCAGUGCCCGGCCCUCUGUAUUACAUGCUGAAAGGGGAGACGUUACCGACGAGGUAUCUCAGCCCGGAAACGUUGGCCAUUUUCCUCUUCCUUCAUGCAUCAGACACGUUCGCUUUCGGAGUGAGUUAAUUGAUUCCUCAAGGAGAAAAAUAAUUAGUAUUUCAGAAUUUGCUCUUCGAAAUCUUUUUCCAACGGCCUGAUGCCGUUCGAAAAACCUAACUUCGGCUGAAGCAAGACAGAAAGUUGGUUUAACUCUGUGAAAGGAUACAAUUUCAAUUCUCUAACAUUCUUGAGUGGCAACUUCCGAAUAAGCCGUGAAGAAGUAGGAUCAUUGUCUUGGCACCUAGUCUUUUUAAAAAAAUAUCAAAAAGAAACAUACUUGAUUACCCAGGAAGCCCGAAAAAAACAGAUUUUUUUGGAGUUUUUUUAAGAAACAGAUUUCUUUUUCAUAAAAAAAUGAGAAUCUGGUGCAACUUCACUGAGCCGAAAAAAAUCAAAAAUUUUUUUAUCGGAAAAAAAUCUUUGAAUUGAGAUCAUGGAGGGGAACUCAACGAUCUAGAGGACACAUGUGCUCCUCCACCUCUUCGUCAGUUUAUAAACGAAAACUUGUGGACCUACGAGAUGAAGUCCAGGGCUCAAAUGGAUAAGGUUUCUCUUAUUCACUCUUUUUCAAUCUGACAAGAAAUAUUUAGGUGGUUGCGUUCCUCAAGAAAAACGUACCGAGAAUUGAAAAGAGUCAGUUUAUAUCCAAAAAAAUUAUUUUUUUGAUCGGGAAAAAUUUGCAGGAGCAAGGAGGCCCGAAGACAGGCACAAUCGAAACGGAAGAAAUCACGGUGAGAUUACAAAACCGAAAUUUUUUCAGUUUCGCAAUAAAUGGUAUUGCAAAAUGUACAAAAAAAAAACCCAUUUCACAAGUUCAAAUUCGAACAGUAAAGAAAAACCAGUGUCGGCGUUGGAAGAAAGUGUUAUAUAGCCGGAGAUUUUGUAGUUUUGUAGCAGCAUGACAGAGUUUUCUAAAAUUCGCAUCUUCUCAAGAAAUUUAGGGAAAAGAUGAGCCAGGACUUCCGAAGAAAAGAAAGCUACGUCGACGCCUACCGCCUAACCGCCAGGUCAAUCUCUCCUUUUCUGACUCCAUAUUGAACCUUUUUAGGAGCUCAUGGAGGAACUGUGUCCGACUCAGGAAAACUCCACCAACAUUGAGUGA